AUACUUCUCCAUCAUUCCAAAAAAUGAUUGCUGCACUUCUGGGCUACCUUGGAUAUCUCGUCAUGGCUACUUACUUCCUCUAUUCUUGCCAUCUUUUCAUAACCAGCAGGGGCGUACCUAAGUCCUGGCCAUUGAUUGGGAUGACCCCAGCAAUGCUUCUCAACUUCCAUCGCUUGCUAGACCGAGUUACAGAGAUCUUGGAGAAAAGCAAGGGCACAUUUUUAUACAGAGGAUUUUGGUUUACCAACACAGACUUCCUAGCCACCAGUGACCCCCAAAAUGUACGUUAUAUAAUGAAUACAAAUUGUUCAACCUAUCUCAAAGGGUCUGAGUGGAGGAACCAAUUUGAUAUCUUUGGAGAUUCCCUUUUCAAUUCCGAUUCCGAAGCUUGGAAACAAAAAAGGAAUUUAUUUCAUUGCUUUUUAAAUCAUCGACAGUUCCAUGAGUUAGUGAAUGGAAUUAUUCCGAGCCAGAUAGAGAAAGGCCUUAUCCCCAUAUUGGAGCAUGUUGCUGAACAAGGGCUGGUGGUGAAUUUGCAAGAGUUGUUCAUGAGGCAAUCAUUUGAUCUUGCAACUAUUAUAGUUUAUGGCUAUAACCCCAAGUCUCUCUCUAUUGGGUUCCCAGAGGUUCCACUUUGUAAGGCCAUAGGUGAUGCUAUGGAAGCAGCAUAUUUCCGGUACAUCUUACCCAAAAGAUUGUGGGAGUUGCAAAGAUGGCUGCAAAUUGGUAGGGAGAAGAAAUUAAGGGAUGCGUGGACAGUCUUUGACUAUACUUUUGCAGAAUACAUAUCCAUGCAGAUUCAACAACUCAACCAUGGGGAUAAUCGUGAAUACCAGAGUUUCAGUUUUUUGAAGUACUUGACUAGAGAGGAGGUGACGAAUAAACUUAUGAGGGACUACAGUGCAAAUAUGAUAUUGGCAUUUGAAGAUACUAACAGCACAGUUCUUACUUUGUUCUUCUGGAUCCUUUCAAAGAAUCCUAUGGCUGAAAAGAAAAUCGAAGAAAAGCUUACUAGAAACUUGUUAGUCGAAGGAGGAGAUCUACAAAUCUUGAAAGAGAUAAAUAAGCUGGUAUAUCUUCAUGCAGCAUUAUGUGAAACCCUUAGAUUCUUCCCUCCAGUUCCUUAUGAGUUCAGGACACCAACACGAAGUGACACUCUUCCAAGUGGGCAUUGUGUCAAUGAGAAAACGAGGAUUUUGGUCUGUACAUAUGCAAUGGGAAGGAUGACAUCGGUGUGGGGAGAGGACUGUCAUGAGUUCAAGCCAGAGAGAUGGAUCACCGGGGAAGGAAAGAUUAAACGCGAGCCUCCAAGCAAGUUCUUUGCCUUCAUGUCAGGACCUAGAAUGUGCAUGGGAAAAGAUCUUGCUUUUACUCUUAUGAAGGCCACGGCAGCGUCUAUAAUUCUUAACUACAAGUUGGAGGUGAUUCCAGGGCAGAAUGUAAGCCCCAGGCCUAGUGUGUUACUCCACAUGAAGCACGGUGUGAUGGCUAGGAUUAAGAGUAGAAGAGUUUGAGGUUCUUAGUUUUCUCUUGAAUGAAAAGUAUAUCUUUCAAUUAAUAUUUGUGUGCAUGUAGCAGACGGUCUUUGUUUUGCUCUCUUUGUACUUCCGCUUGAGUUGUCCUUCUUCAAGUGUUGUGUGUUGAUGUUUUUAUAAGGGAUAUUAAUUGGUGUAUUCUUUAACUUAAUGCACUUUAUAAUAAAUUUAUUAAAAAAUU